AGCGCGUCGUUUAGUCGCACUUCAUCGUGUACGGCAAAAGGGCUGAAAUAUUUGUGCGAGCGUGUUCAUUAAGCAAAGUAUUUCAUUCGGUUGUCCAAAUCCCCAACUGCGCAGCACACAAUUAGAGAAGUGAAGUCAAGCUAAGUCGAAUAUAAAACGCAAUUGGACGCACUAUCGAUUGAUUUGGUAAAAACAUGGCCUGCCGCACAUCCUUCCUCAAAGCCAUACUCAUCAUACUGAAUGUGCUGCUUUCGUUAAUUGGUGUGACGCUAAUAGCUUUGUCCGUAUACGAGCUGAACAGCUCCUCGCCGGGCACCUUUGAGCACAUUGCCAUCGUGGUGCAGAUAUUCGUGGGCUCAUUUGUGGUGCUCAGCUCUUUCCUGGGUUGCUUUGCAGCCGGACGCGUCUCGUUGGGACUCAUUUGGAGUUUUGUUAGUUGCAUGCUGCUGCUGAUCGGGUUGCAAAUCUAUAUCAUUGCUGCCGCACAUUCCACCGAUUAUGUGCAACGUGCACGCACCGACUUUCUGGCACUCUGGACGGAUCAGCGACGCAGUAUUGAGCGCAUAGCGUACUUGGAACACAAGUACUCGUGCUGUGGUCAGAACGGACCGCAGGAUUACAUACUACAAGGAGGCGCGUAUCCGCUCAGCUGCUAUAAGAAUCGCGAGCGUGUGCAGAGUCAACUGUUUAGCGAAGGUUGCUUGGUGGCUGUAGAGGCGCAUGCCACAGACAAUGUCAUGAACGGACUGAUCAUCAAGUGGCUGCUGCUGGUGGUGGAGCUCCUCGCUCUGAUCUCGGCCACCCACCUGGGCGUCACAGUACGAAAUAAAUUGCGGCGAGAGCGUUUCUGAAAGGUUCGCCCCAAUUAGUCAUUUGGAGCAGCGCGAUCGAUAAAAAUGAGAAUUAACGAAAAUAUUGUAUACUUAAGUGUGUGUGUAGUAGCAUCCCUAAGUGUUGGCAUUUUAUAAAAUAAAUCGUGUGAAACUGUUGUAAA